UCUUGCUGGAAAAUAUGGCGGCGCCCUGUGCUACCCAAUGCUUUUACAAAGCAGGUGGAUCCAGGCUGCUACAAAGAUUAGGACAGCUGCCAGCUUACUACAAAAGUUCAUCUGGUGUCCAAUGCCCAUCUCGCCGAGGCUUCUUCUGGAAGAAGUCGAAAGGGUCCCAGAGCGUGGUCCGGCCUGCCAUAGUGCGUCCCUCUUAUGCUGUACCUAAGCACAUCCAGAGGCCAGAUUACGUGUCAUCAAGCAAAGUUCCUGAGUGGCCAGAUUACUUGGAGAUUAAAGAUGAAGAGCAGAUUCAGGGAUUAAGAAGAGCAUGUCAGCUUGCCAGACAUAUACUGAUGCUAGCAGGGAAGAGUUUAAAGGUUGGUAUGACGACUGAUGAAAUAGACUUUAUAGUCCAUCAUGAAACAAUCUGUCACAAUGCCUACCCCUCUCCUUUACACUAUGGGGGCUUUCCGAAGUCAGUCUGUACCUCUGUAAACAAUGUGGUAUGCCAUGGCAUUCCAGACAGUCGGCCAUUGCAAGAUGGAGAUAUCAUCAAUAUAGAUGUCACGGUUUAUCUAGAGGGUUACCAUGGUGACACCUCAGAAACAUUUUUGAUUGGUUCAGUAGAUGAACAGGCGAGGAAGUUAGUAGAUGUGGCUCGUCAGUGUAGAGAUCAGGCCAUUGCUGCCUGUGGACCAGGACAGCCAUUGAACGUCAUUGGCAACACUAUCAGCAAUAUAGCGAAUUCACAUGGGUUCUGUGUAUGUCCAUAUUUUAUCGGUCAUGGGAUAGGAACUUAUUUCCAUGGUCAUCCAGAGAUAUGGCAUCAUGCCAAUGACAACGACCUACAAAUGGAAGAGGGCAUGUCCUUCACUAUAGAACCUAUUCUUAUGGAGGGUUCCUCAGAAUUCAGGAUUUUAAGUGACAAGUGGACUGCUGUAUCUGUGGAUGAUAAAAGAUCGGCACAAUUUGAGCACACUGUUGUCAUCACUUGUGAUGGUGUGGAGGUUCUGACUAAACUACCAGAUGAAGGUUGACAGACAAUAAUUAUUUCAUCUCGAAGUGUUUGUAAGGGGAAAACUUGAAGUUUGUGUGCUAAUGGGUGUAAAUGUUAGUAACAAAAAUUGUUAGUAAAAGUUAUUAAAAAAUGUUUCAUUACCUUGUUUCUUAUUUUAAAAUAUAGUAGCUUGACCAAGUCUUCUAAAACAUGGUUAUGCAAUAAAUUUAACUUGCACAAGGUCUUAGACAUCAGGUGCUCUGGCCAGGGAAAUUGGAAAAAAGACACAAUAAAGGAUACAAUAGCCAUGACACUAAUCUCAUUAAAAUAUGCUAAUUGUAAUACAAUAUGGAUAGCAAUGGAUAUAAAUUUUGGUGUACAUAGUUUAAUUAUAUCAUGCAUGUUACCUGCAACAAAUCAAAUUACAACCUGUAGUGAUUGUAUACUAAUUUAUAGCUGCUGACCUAAAAUCAGCAUAAAGGAAUCUCUAUGGCUAGUCUAAAAGACAUCAUUUUUUUUCUGAUAUAUAGGCUAAAUUUUGUUGUAAAUUGAGUCUUUUUGCUUUUAUCUAAUCUAUUAGAAGCUGAUAAACAAAUGUUCUUUUUUACACACUGGUUUAUACCACAGAACCGAAACUAAAAACACACUGAACUUUUCUUCAUCCGACCUCUAGCCACACUGAUGUGUACUGCUAUAUAUGAACUUGUCAGUUUAUAAUUAUCAGUGACACUUAAGAGAAAAUAACGUUGGUUGUUAGGUAGGUAUAGAAAUAUAAACAAACCCAUCACAGUAUUCAGAUCAAAACUCAGCCUGCAUCAUUUUUGCUACAGACAUUGAAUGAUACCUGAGAUCAAACUUGUGCUGUUAUGUUUCUAAACAACCGAACUUAAGAUGUCUGUUUACUGGAUAAUAAAAUGAGAAAAAAAACAGAGUUUCUGGAGACCAGAAUAAAAUUGCUGGGAUAUUUUUUUUACCCAUAAUGGGUUAAUAUUGAACAGAACACAUGUUGGGUUAAAAAUAACCAAAUGUUUGGAUGUUGUUAUGCAACCAUGGGAUAUAACAACCCAGCCGUUGAGUUAAAAUAACCCAGCAUGUUCAUAUUUGUGCUAUUUGUCAUAAUCUGAAUUUGUUCUAAUUUUAUAAAGGACCAUGUAUUUCAAAUAUAACAAUAUUAAAAUGUAUAAAAGUUAGGCUAGUUUAUUUUUUGUUUUUAGUUUUUGUUCUGC